CCAAGAAGGCAGGCGAUGGGCAGACUGCCUGGUGUCUGGCCCACGCUCACAGGGACCGGGUGGUGGCAGGGCCAGGCAGUGGCAGGCCUGGCUGCUCCAGGUCCCCGCUGCUACUGCCACUUCCUCAAUGGCCUCUUGCCCUUUGGUUCCACAGAGCUGCGGUGCAACCCUGGGCAGUUUGCCUGUCGCAGUGGCGCCAUCCAGUGCAUCCCCCUCCCCUGGCAGUGUGACGGCUGGGUGACUUGUGAGGAUGAGAGCGACGAAGCCGACUGUCCAGAAGUGACCGGGGAGUCACGUCCUUACCAUGGGAAGGAGGCUGUGGAUCCGCGGCAGGGGCGGGCCCGAGGUGGCGACCCCACGCACUUUCACGCAGUGAAUGUGGCGCAGCCCGUCCGCUUCAGCAGGAAGUGCCCAACAGGGUGGCACCACUAUGAAGGCACGGCCAGCUGCUACAGGGUCUACCUGAGCGGGGAGAACUACUGGGAUGCUGCGCAGACCUGCCAGCGCGUGAAUGGCUCCCUCGCCACCUUCUCCACUGACCAGGAGCUGCGUUUCGUCCUGGCCCAGGAAUGGGACCAGCCGGAGCGGAGCUUUGCUUGGCAGGACCAACACAAGUUGUGGGUUGGCUACCAGUAUGUCAUCACUGGCCGGAACCGCUCCUUAGAAGGUCGCUGGGAGGUAGCAUUCAAAGGUUCCUCAGAGGUGUUCCUGCCCCCAGACCCCAUCUUCGCCUCGGCCAUGUCUGACAGCGACAGCGUGCUCUGUGCCCAGCUCCAGUGCUUCCACUUCCCCACCCUCCGCCACCACGACCUGCACAGCUGGCACGCCGAGAACUGCUACGAGAAGUCCUCGUUUCUGUGUAAAAGAAGUCAGACAUGUGUUGACAUCAAGGACAACGUGGUGGAUGAGGGGUUCUACUUCACCCCCAAAGGGGAUGACCCAUGCCUGAGCUGCACCUGCCAUGGAGGGGAGCCUGAGAUGUGUGUGGCUGCCCUCUGCGAGCGGCCCCAGGGCUGCCAGCAAUACCGCAAGGACCCCAAAGAGUGCUGCAAGUUCAUGUGCCUGGACCCAGAUGGCAACAGCCUGUUCGACUCCAUGGCCAGUGGGAUGCGUCUGAUUGUUAGCUGCAUCUCCUCCUUCCUCAUCCUGUCGCUGCUGCUUUUCAUGGUCCACCGGCUGCGCCAGAGGCGCCGGGAACGCAUCGAGUCCCUCAUUGGAGCAAAUCUGCACCAUUUCAACCUUGGCCGGAGGAUCCCUGGCUUUGAUUACGGCCCGGAUGGGUUUGGCACAGGCCUCACGCCGCUGCAUCUUUCUGACGAUGGAGAAGGCGGGACUUUCCACUUCCAUGACCCUCCACCUCCCUACACUGCAUACAAGUACCCCGACAUUGACCAGCCUGAUGACCCGCCACCACCCUAUGAGGCCUCCAUCAACCCCGACAGCGUGUUCUACGACCCUGCAGAUGACGAUGCCUUUGAGGCAGUGGAGGCCGGCCCGCCGAGCCCAGGGGAUGGUGGUGGUGAAGGUGCCUCGCCCCGGCGCCUGGAACAGCCUCUGCCCGCCGCAGGGGCCUCUCUGGCAGACCUGGAAGACUCAGGCGACAGCAGCAGUGCCCUGCUCGUGCCCCCCGACCCCACCCAGAGUGGGAGCACCCCAGCCACAGAGUCCCUGCCAGGGGGUGGCCACCACAGCCGCAGUUCCCUCAAUACCAUGGUGUAGAGGACAGCCUGGCCCUUGGCCCUGAUGGGCAGGGAGCACCUGUUUGCUGUCG